CUCAUUGGACACGCGGCGGAGCCAGCGGAGAGCCACCCAUUGCCGUGGCUGGGCGGGUCCUCUCCGCGGGGAGCAGCCUGUUCCCCAUGGGUGUCCCGGGUUGUGCCCCUCGGGUGUCCCAGGUUAUCCUCAUGGGUAUCCCAAGCUGUUCCCCUCGGGUGUCCCGGGCUGUUCCCCAUGGAUAUCCCAGGUUAUCCCCCUCGGGUAUCCCGACUGCUCUCCAUGGGUGUCCCAGGUUAUCCCCUCGGGUGUCCCGGGCUGUCCCCCAUGGGUAUCCCAGGUUAUCCCCAUGGCUGUCCCAGGCUGUUCCUCAUAGGUAUCCCGGGUUAUCCCCUCGGAUAUCCCGGGCUAUCCCCCUCGGCUGUCCCAGGUUAUCCCUAUGGGUAUCCCGGGCUGUUCCCCAUGGGUAUCCCAGGUUAUUCCCUCGGGUGUCCCGGGCUGUUCCCCAUGGGUAUCCCGGGUUAUCCCCCUCGGCUGUCCCGGGUUAUACGCUCGGUUGUCCCGUGCUAUCCGCUCGGAUAUCCCAGGUUAUCCCCUCGGGUAUCCCCGGUGCCGCCGCCCGCAGCGCCGUUCUCGCGGAGGGGGCGGGCGCUCGGCGGUGACGGGUGUGCAGUGCAGCCAAUGGCGAGCGAGGCCGCAGCGGCGCGGGGCCAAUGGGAGCCGCCUGCCGCCCUUGAAGGGGCGCGCCGCGGAGCGCGGCCGCACUGCCGCCCGCCGCCGCCGGGAGACGCGGCUGGCCCGGGGCAGCCGCACGCUCCCAUGGAAAAAUCCAAAAAUUUCCGCAUCGACGCGCUGCUGGCUGUCGACCCCCCCAAGGCGGCGGCGGGGCAGAGCGCGCCGCUGGCCCUGGUCACCUCUCUGGGCGGCAGCGGUAGUAGCAGCAGCGGGAGCGGCAGCCCUCCGUCCUCGUCCUCCUCUUCCUCGUCCUCUUCAUCCUCCUCCGAGCACCCCUCCGGCGGCCCCGCCGACUGCCUGCGCACCGACAGCCCCUCUCCGCCGCGCCUCCUGGCCGCGCACUGCGCCCUGGUCCCCAAGCCCGGCUUCCUGCCCGGGGCGGGCUCGGGCUCGCACCCGCACCACCACGCCUCGGCGGCCGGCAUGGCCCUGGGACUGCACCCCGCGGCGCCGGGCGGGCCGGGCAUGCCGGCACAGGCGGCCCUCUACGGGCACCCGGUGUACGGCUACUCGGCGCUGGGCGGGCAGCACCCGGCGCUCUCGUACCCCUACUCGCAGGUGCAGGGAGCGCACCCCUCCCACCCCGCCGCCGACCCCAUCAAGCUCAGCGCCGGCACCUUCCAGCUGGACCAGUGGCUGCGGGCCUCCACCGCGGGCAUGAUCCUGCCCAAGAUGCCCGACUUCAACUCCCAGGCGCAGUCCAACCUCCUGGGGAAGUGCCGCCGGCCCCGCACGGCCUUCACCAGCCAGCAGCUGCUGGAGCUGGAGCACCAGUUCAAGCUCAACAAGUACCUCUCCCGGCCCAAGCGCUUCGAGGUGGCCACGUCGCUCAUGCUGACCGAGACGCAGGUGAAGAUCUGGUUCCAGAACCGGCGCAUGAAGUGGAAGCGCAGCAAGAAGGCGAAGGAGCAGGCGGCGCAGGAGGCCGAGAAGCCCAAGGCGGGCGGCGGCGAGGACAAGGGCGAUGAGGAGCUGCUGCUGCCCGCCCCCGAGAAGAGCGCCGGCAGGCGGAUGCGGGAGCUGCCCGACAGCGAACCUGAGGACGAGGAAGACGACGAGGAGGAAGAGGAGGCGGCGGCGGCCGGGAGAUGCUGCCCGUACCACUCCUCCGACUGUUCCGAGGCGGACGAGGAGGACACACAGCCCCGGGGCCGGCACGGAGCCCCGGCGCAGCCCCAGUGAGCCCCGCGGGUCCGGCUCCUCCGGCCGAGCCGCCGCUCCCGGUUGGCACCGGUCCCGCUCCCCCCUUGUUCCGAUUUCUCCCUGCUUGGAGAGGGAUGGAGAAGAGGAUCCUCGGCAUGCCGGGCGGGGAAGAGGAUUUAUCGUGAAUACAGUGUUAUUAUUGACUGAAAACCAGACAAAACUUGAGCUCCUUCACCCCCCACCCCUGCCCCCUGGAAGCGUGUUCCUUUCGCUGAGUAUUGGAAAUGUUUUGUUCUUAUUAUAUAUCGGGAAAUCUGUUUAUGUCAUGAACGUUAAAACUGCUGGAAAUCUCAAUACUGUCUUUAUUUUUGUAUAUCAUAUUUAUAAAAAAAAAAUGCCUCUACUUAUGCAUGCUAAAUUAUUCCCCAGGUCCUCCCACCCGUGCGACGGUGGGGAGAAAAUAAACGGCGUUUUUUAC